AUGGCUGAUUCGUUGGAUCCAACUAAGGAACAGUUCCUUGCUUAUGGAAUUGAGCAGAUUUCAGAGGAAGAAUUUCUCAAAUCCAAGUCCGACCCGAACGCACCUGAUGGCAGGGCCGCCUGUGCCAUAUGCCUUGAGGAAUACUCUUACGAAGGCGGUACAGACACGGAACGUCCUGUCCGCAUACUCGCCUGUUCGCAUUGGGUUGGAAGCACAUGCAUUCAACUUAUCCUAGGUAACCAAUGCCCCUUUUGCCGCGCACGCCUCUUUAAGAAAGAGGAGGGAAAAGAGCCAAGUCCGGACAUCGACAUUACGGUCGACUGGGCGUCGGAUACUGACGAUACUGAAAGCUCCCUCUCCGACAUCGACGACGACACCAACUGGAUCAGGCGUAUCCGGCUUGCGAACGCUAGUCUGGCGAGGUAUCUCAACCACCUUCACACCGCGAACGGUCGUACUACGAACGAGCGACAGGCCGCGUGGCACGCAUGGGAUGUGGACUGGCAUCGGACGGUCUCAGCCCACCAAGCUCGGGCGACGACGCGCCGCAUCGCCGUGCUGCCCACCACCACCGCCCACGACUCCCGCGACUACGCCCUCAUCCCGGCCUUCGAGCUCGCGUGCCCGCGCGACGUGGCGCCGCUGGCACCCGUCGACCCGCGCCGCUGGUGCGGCAUCUGGCUGUCGGUGCGGCCCGAGGCCAUCGAGUUCAACCUGGACUCCGCCUUCAACUCGUUCCGCGCACUCGGCAUGCUCAAGCCGCCCGCACAGGAGGGCGACCCGCUCAGCGGCGCCACGACGGAGAGGGACGACUGGGAAAACUUGUUCCAGCUCGCCAUUGACGAGGUCGUGGUGUGGUGUCUCGAGCACGACAGGGAGUUUUGGCGCGCGGAGGAGCUGGAGCAACGGUGGAAGACGAGGGCCGUUGAUGCCAUUUUGAGGGGCGGCGACGGCGGCUGGAACCCUCCGCCCCAGGGCCUGGAGCGUGCGGUGGACGCGUUGAUCGAGUUUGUGGUUGGAUGGAGGGUGUUGAGGGAGGUGGAGGUUUGGGAGGAGCUGGUCAGCGAUGGUGGGGGAGACGGGGACUUGCUUGGCGUUUGA